CCCGCCCAGGUGUGAAAGUCACCCUGCACUUCCAGCAGGAGCAAACACACCUGAGCGACACGAGAGACGACAGUCCACACUGAGAGUGUUUUGCCGAAGACAGAGAGACUUUGAGAAACUGAAGAGUAACAGCAGAAAAACACCAUCUGUGUAUCUCCAGAUCUGCUGCAGUGCAUCGUGGGAAACACCUCCAGCUUGUAAGGACUGUGUUUACGGGAGCAGGACGUCUGGAGAAACUGAACCAACUGAGUGACAAACUGACCAACGGGAUGCCAGGAAUGAGUGCACAGGAAUCCAGCACGGGAACAGAGAGGAACGAUGUCUCUAAACACAACACAAACGCUCCGAAUCGAGCGUGUAAAGGGAAGAGUGUCACGCUGGAGGACGAGGACUGGAACUGGGCGGCCAAUAAGAAGACGGCGUUUCACUCCGGAUCCAAUCUGACACGAUCUGGAAGCGUUAAGGAUCUCAUUUACAGGUUCGAUGGGUCACACACACUGCCCAAACGCGCUCUCGGGUCGCUGAAGGUCAAAGGUCUAGGUGUGAGCGGACGGGAUACCGGGGAAAUGAGAUGUGAAAGCAAAGAAAGAGGGAAGAACCAGAAUCCGGUUUCAUCCGGAGAAAUGCCAGAUCCCAAAUUACAAGAAUCCUCAGAUCAGAGACGUCACGCCCCAGAGAAGAGGAAGGAGGAAGAUCGGACGAAACAUGCUAAAGAUGACAAACGUAACGCUAAAGAUGACCAACACAACGCUAAAGAUGAUAAACACGACACUAAAGAGCAAAAGCACAGGACAGACAGUCCGGAUGCUCUUGUUCCCGGUCCGAUCUGCAACGGUGAGAAGCAGCACGGCAGUCUUCGCUCUGAUGACGACCCCUCCACCUCUAAAGCCCGGGCCAACCCCAGGUACCAGCUGUUCCUGGGGGCCAACGGCUCCGUGAGCUCAAGCGGCUCCAGCGGGACCAACGGGAACCUCAGGAGGAUCAGCUCAGCCAUGCGUGGGUCCAUGGAGUCGCUGUCGUCCCGGGACUGGGACAGCAUGUCCGACAGGAUGGGCAGCUUUGACAGUCCUUCCAGAGUUUUCAACAGUCCAUAUGCAACGCUGUCGUUGGACUAUCCCACCAACAGAAUGGCAGAUUUUAAGACACAGGAAGUGAUGUCACCUGGCGUCUCUGAGGUGAACCUCUUUGGUUUGAACCGGAGUCCCGUUGCGAGUCCCGCGCUCAAUCAGCGCUCGCGCAUCGGCUACGACAGUCUGACGCGCAGACGAGACAAGGCCACGCCGGGUCAGCUCAUGCUGCAGAACAACCAGCCCAACAAGCGCGACUUCGUGCAGGAGUUGACCAAUCAGCUGGACGACUGUCGCAGGAGGAACCAGUUUCUGGAAGCGGAGAGCAUCGAACUGGAGAAGGAGAGGAGUCAGAUCCGCUUCGAGAUGCGAGGACUUCUGGUGAACAAUGAAGAUCUUCUGCGGACCAACACACAGAUGCAGGGAGAGACCAACCGGCUGAGAGAGAGGAUCGUGGAGUUGGAGAGCAACAACAACGUGAUGCAGGAGCACCUCAAAAAGAUGGAGAACGAGCUGAAGGAGGCACGUGAGGUGAUGGUGGAAGCAAACACUCAAGAAUACGCCUUCAACUUUCUGCAACAGACACUCAAGAACAAAAUAAAAGACACAGAGGAAGCUCUGGAGAAACAAACGCAGCACGCUCAGUGUGUGUCUGAGAAGCUGUGGCUCACUGAACGCACUCUGGAGGAGCUGGAGCUCGAGAAGGAGAACAAGUCUAAGAAAGCUCUAGAACUCAGCAAUAGUGUGUUCAAACUGGAGACAGAGCUGGCAGAAUCUCUUCAGGAGGCUCUUCAGGCGCGGACAGAGCAGAGUUUGCAGCAGAAGCUCCGGGCCGACGCUGAGCUGAGAGUGGAGGAGCUGGAGGAGAGUGUGUUGGAGAAAGACCAGGAGCUGCUGAGACUCACACAGAUUGUCUGCAGACUGCAGGGAGAGGUGACAGAUAAGCUGAGCUAUAAGGAGCAGACUCUAGAGGAGGAGAUUCAGCUGCGUGAGCGAGCGCAGCUUCAGUGCAAACAGGCAGAGCGAGCGCUGGAAGAUCUGCGGAUGGAGAUGCAGACGCUCGGCCAGAGCAGAGACGACCUCUCCAAACAGCUCAAACUAGCACAGGAGAAGAUCAUCGAUCUGGAAGCCGAUCUCGAAGAGCUUCACGAGAACGACCAACGGUGGGCGUCCAAACACAAGAGAGCCCUGGAUCAGUCUGAGCAACUGCAGAUGAAGCUCAUCCAGGAGAAAGAUCUCAACGAGCAGCUGGAGUGUGAUAAGGCCAUCCUGGAGAGACAGGUGCGAGAUCUGCGCAAUGAGAUGGAGGAACUGCAGAACAACAGAGUCGAGGUCGAUUCUGUCACUAGAGCCGAGAUCAAAGCCAAAGAGCUGGAGAACACACUGCGUGCGGAGGAGAGGAAUAAAGUGGUCAUGAGCAACACCAUCAGCAAACUGGAGAGGAAGAUCCACGAGCUGACGGAGCAGGUGGAGGAGGAGAACAAGAUCUCCACAGAGCAGAGGGAGCUGAUGACUCAGCGGAUGCGUGUGUUGAAGAGGCAGCUGAACGAGGCCGAGGAAGAGGCGAGUCGACGGGACGUUCAACACCGACACACACAGAGAGAACUGAUGGAGGAGAGAGAGGCCAACAGCCGACUGCAGAGACAACUGCUGGACCAACAGCUGGCAAACAAGAGGAAAGAGUCGAGACAAACUCUAGAAAGCCUGAAACUGAACUUCGAUGAAGACGAAGAUGAGGAAGAGCAACAGGCCGAGUCCAAACCCACAGAGAAGCAGAUCUCACAGGUCUGACCUCACAAACACAAACUGUAUCCAAACCUGCCAAAACCAAAUCACUCUGGAUCUGCCGUCGGACCCCGUAACAUUCAGAUCCAGAGGUUCUCCAUAUGAACUGAACGACAGUAACGUUGUGGAAAAGCUCUUUCCUGUGGACUGACUCUCGGGAGUAUAAUCAUAUUCAUAUCUCCAGAGAACUGCUUUACGGUAGCAGACGUCCCUGGUGUGUUCAUUUACAGUAAAAGCUAUCGCUCUAUUCUACAUGUUCAGUGGUUAAUGUUCUCUGUCAAACUAUCCGUUCGGUUGUUAUUUUUUUCUAUCAGCUUGUUUACAUCAUGCAUAUAUUAGCAUAAACAAGGUAGGAAUUAAUAUUGAUAAUGAAGUGUGUGGUUAUUCAUGACACCGUGUUUAGAUUUAUUUGGGGACUUUACGUGAGCUUGCAUGCAUUCAGCGAUCAUGGGUGUGUUUCCCGAAAGCGUCGUUAGCCAGAUACUCGUUAUCAGCAGUUCAACGAGUGUUUCCCGAACCUAUAGUUGUAACGAACAUUCGCAGAGUUGUGUGAGAGCGACGGCUCUCGAUCUGCGGGUAGAUCUGACAUGUGACUCUAUUAAAUCCUGAUCUUGAGCAAAAUAAGUAAUCUGACAUUCAGUGCAACCCGUGUAUUUUACUUAGAAUACACACAAAUGUCUUUUACGUCUUUUAGUUUCUCAAAGAGAUUGUAUAGUUUCGUUUUUGAAGAGUGUGCAUGUGUGAACGAGUUCUAAGUGUGUGAGCGAGCUCUAGUGUGUGUGAACAAGGUGAUGAUCGAAUCUAGAAAUAAAGCAAUGUAACUGAGAUAAAUGCACGUCUGUAAUUUAUAACAAAAUAUCUAGCGUUAAUUUGAUUGCAAACAGAUUCAUUACUCCAACACCCGCGUGACAUCAUUAACCAGCGUGGUUGAACGACCACUUUGAGACGAAACCAGUAGUUGAUGUCUUCAGCGAUGCGCGAGUGGGAAACACACUCCUGAUAAGCUGAAUGUGUGACUGUGUGUUACUUCUGCUGGCAGUUAUUAACCAAUUAAGGGAAUCUAAGUGUUUAAGUCUUAAAGACGUUAUAACGUGUUGAAUGGGAUCAUCUGUGUCUGUCUGGAUUCUUCACACGCUCAGUUUAGUUUAUUAAAGCACAGCAGCAGUUUUACUCCAUGGGGUUUUAUUUGUUGCACAAAAUGGUAAUAAAAUAUGCUAAAUCAUGA